GAAGCUCUUACCUCUCUUAUUACAGAUCAUUGAGCCUUUCAUGAAGUCAAAAUGGGAAAGAUAACCUUUUACGAGGAUAAAAAUUUCAAGGGCCGCUCCUUUGAGUGCAGCAGUGACAAUAAUGACCUGCACUCUCACGUCAGCCGCUGCAACUCCAUCAAAGUUGACAAUGGCUCUUGGAUGAUUUAUGAGCAGGCCAACAAUAAGGGUCACCAAUAUUUUCUUAAAAAAGGAGAAUAUCCUGAGUACCAGCACUGGAUGGGAUUUAAUGAUACGAUCAGUUCCUGCCACAUGAUUCCUCUGCACACAGGAUCUUUUAUAAUCAAACUAUAUGAAAAAGAAGACUUCAGAGGCCAGAUGGUUGAACUUACAGAAGAUAGUCCACAUCUCUAUAAAGAUUUUAAUUUCCGUGAUAUCAAUUCCUGCAAUGUUCUUGAAGGCCACUGGAUCUUCUAUGAGGAACCCAACUACAGAGGAUGCCAAUAUUACCUGAAACCUGGAGAGUACAGAAGGUUCAGUGAAUGGGGGGCAUCAGUUGCAAGAAUUGGUUCCAUUAGAAGAGUUCAAGAUUUUUACUAG